UUUUUAUUUGACAAAAAUAUUUUUUAAAUUGAACUUGCUUGAACUGUGAACAUUUCGUCUGACUGCUGUUACGAUUUUGUGUUUAAGUGUUUAUAUUGUUAAUUUCUAUUUUCUUUUUAAAAAAGAAUACCAACAAAACAUUGAAAAUUACAUUUACUUUUUUAACUUAAAGAUGCCUCAAGAUUAUGAUUCAAAAGUUAGCAUGCAUUUAGAUAUUAAUCAUGGUUUGGAAAGAGUAACCGAAUUAGUUCAGACUAGGCUUAUUGAAAGUGGCUGGAGAGAUCAGGUGAAAUUAGCUUGUCGUAAGGCAAUUUUGGAAAGUGGUGAAAAACACCCCCCAACUGUAGAUGACUUAAUAUCUCAAAUUACACCAAAAGCAAGGUCUAUGGUACCAGAUGCCGUGAAAAGGGAGCUUCUGCAUGAAUUGGAAUUAAUUUUAAUGAAUGUUGACAAAGCUGGAUACAGUAAAAAUUUCUAAUUGAUUUAAAAAAUUUGAGAACUUUAUUUCUUCACAUAAAAUAUGUUUAGUGUUUUUGUAUCUCUAAAUGUUCUAUGCAUGAAAGAAUGUCUUUAAUGUAUACCACCUUUAACAAGGUUAUAUGACUUAUAUACUGUUUGAAACUAUGUGUGGAAAGCUGGUUUGCAUUGUAUAUAAAUGCUGGUCCACCAAAGUGUACUUAAAACUUAUUCUUUAGAUAUAUAUUUAAACAGUAUAUUUAUGCGCUAUUUCAUAAGAGAGUAUUUUAACUGAAAAUUAGUUAAUAAACUUCCUCCAAGACAUACAUGUUUUAUUUUUCUGUUUUUUUUAUCACUGGAAUUGGGAGUUGGAUGUUACUCGAUUGGAAUUCAUGUUCAAUGUAUGUAUGUUAAUUUUCUUGCAUAUUUGGAUUGGAUCUUGCAUAUUGGAUAUUUGUAUUGAAAUAUCCUUUAAAAGGAUAUUUUAAAGAUAACAUUAGGAGUUAAGGAUAUUUUAAAGGAUAGAUUUUUUUGUUAGUCUUUCCUAGAAGUUUUCAUGAUUCUCUCUUAGCUUUUAAAAUGACUUUCUUGCUUCUUGUUAAUGUUCUUUUGUAAUUUAUGUAGUUCUGAGUAUUUGAUUGGUUUUUAAAAAUUGUGACAAUUUUUUUUGGUUGCUUCUUUACCCAGGUUUGAUUAGAACAUGGUUUAUCAAAUAGUUUUCUACCAAUUUGGAAAAAAGAACAACCAAUCAGAUCUAUGUAAAUUUAUUUACAUAGAUCUGUAAUACUGUAAAUCUAGUUGUAAAAUGUAAUCCUAACUGGUUAAUGCAAUUUAUAUAGUAUAUAUAAUAUAUAGUAUAUAUAAUAUAUAGUAUAUAUAAUAUAUAAAUAUAUAUAAUAUAUAGUAUAUAUAAUAUAUAGUAUAUAUAAUAUAUAGUAUAUAUAAUAUAUAGUAUAUAUAAUAUAUAGUAUAUAUAAUAUAUAGUAUAUAUAUAUAUAUAUAUAUAUAUAUAUAUAUAUAUUAUAGUUCUAUAUUUUAUAUUGGUUAACCCUGCAUCACUCGCGCCUUAAAAAAUUACGCGAGAACUCGCGCGUGAGAAUUUCUCUCACACGACGAACCCUUCAAGAUUUUGUUCGGUGUAACUGUUUUUAUUUUUUUUUAUGCAAAUGAAACAAAACUAUUGGUAAUAAUAAAAGGGUUUAUUUAAAAUAAAUGCCAAAAAUAGAGUUAUAAGUACAUUAAAAAUACUAAAAAGAAAACUUAUACAAUGCUAAGAACUAAAAAAAAUACCCUGUAUAUUUUAUUUUACAUCUAUCUUUAAAUUAAUGUUAUCCUUAAAUCAGAUAAAAUAAACAUAAUAUUAAUCAAAAAUUUAAUCAUCUGAAGUACCACUAUUAUCGUUUACGCCAGAACACGUUGGACAUGUGAAGGUGGUAUGCUCCGUGCAAAUGGCAACAUUGCAGCUAACACAUCGUUUUUUUGACUUCCUGUUCUUUCUUCUUGGACAAAAUCCACCGAAAUCUGGAACAGAUUCUCUGUUCUGUUCAAUCUGAGGCAUAUUUAAAUAUUCCCUUAGCAUGCUUCGAAUAUUAAUUGGCAAAGACCUGAUCGAUGAACGACGAAUCAACAGAGGUUUAAUCAAAGCUUCGGCCAGAUGAUUGAGAUAAAUUCUACGUUCUUCAAUAACUUCGGUAUUACUUUUAUAUACAAUAUUGGAAUUAAUAGCAGCAACGUCCAAAAUUGUAAAAAAAAUUCUAAGUGGCCAUCGGCAACAAUAUCUGGAAACAGAAUAAGUUGAUUUUAAUUCAUCAACCACAUCGACACCUCCUUUUGUUAGGUUAUAAAAUGUAAUGAUCUCAGGUUUUUCCAGUUCGCCAGAUUCAGGAUCGAUGUAGUCCCCAGAAUGAAAUGUAGAUAACAUCAAUACGUUUUUCUGAGGUUUGGGUUUAUACGAUAAUAAUACAGUAUUCUUUCGGAAACCAAACAUGCUACUAGGUACAGGUCUUUUCACAUUUAUAAAUAUUGGCGGAAUUUCCCUCUUGUUUUUCCUUAGGGUACCAACAAGUGUAGUUUUCCUAUCAAGUAAUUGUUUGGCUAACGGCACUGACGUGAAAUAAUUGUCCAUAGUUAUAUUUCUACCUGUGUUUAAUAUGGGAUUUGCUAUACGCAUAACAACAGCAGAUGCAGAGUUGUCUAGAUAAAAAGGGCCAACUGGCUGUUUUCCUGCAUAUAUCUCCAUAUUGCAGGUAUAAAACAUCCUUGAGUCAACUAAGGCAUAUAUUUUAAUGCCGUAUUUGGCCGGCUUGUUGGCUAUAUAUUGCCGAAAUUUACAUCGCCCUCUAAAGCUUUCCAACAUUUCAUCCACUGUACAAUACUCUCCAACUUGGUAGUUUUCUUGACACUUGGACACAAACUGUUCAAAUAUGUUUCGAAUGGAGCCAAAUUAUCGUAUUUUUUCUUUCGUUUCGGUCAUUGAUAUUGUCAAAUCUUAGUGCUCUUCCUAAAAUAUGAAAUCGUUCUCGUGACAUCGUUAGUCUAAAGCAAGCAGGAGCAAAUAUUGAAUCAGCCCAAAGUUCUUUAGUAUUUAGAUAUUGAGCCUUUCGUACCCCAGCCAUGUAUAGGAGGCCGAUAAAAGCAUAUAUUUCUGUAGCGUCUGUGUCACGGCAAUCUCUUUCUCUCGUAUAGUUACCUCGUAUUUUGCUAGAUAGAUAUUUGUGCAUUGUACGAUUUCUUCAACCAUUUCUUUUGUAAUAUAUAAUUCCCAGCAUGCUUCGACAGUAUUUGCAUCUUUUGCAAUAUUUUUUACUCCGGGAAGAUGACUAACAAUAUUUUUUGUAGGCACUCUUACGUUAGGUCGUGGAGGAUAAGCCAUCCAGUGAGUUUUUUUGUCUUUACCAGUGAAAUGAUGUUUUGAUGUAUAUGCGGGAUUAUCGUCAACUUCAUAAACAAAAUUUUCAACUUCUACAUCAGAUUGUUCGGAAUCGGUAUUAUGCAUACUAUGUUCACUGGAAGCGUCACUUUCAACAUCCACUCGUCCGCCAUCUUCCAUAAUUUCUUGAUUUUGACAUUCCUCUUGCCCACUCCAUGGUAUGUUAGCUGACAUACCUUCUCUUUGUGCCUCUUCAUAUCGAAUUCGCCCUAAUUCUGCAAGCGUCAGUCCUCUACUCAUUGUUUACUAUCUAAAAUAACAAUACCACAAUAAUAGAACACCUUGACCUUAUUUAAAAAGCAAAUAAAGUAGUUAUGUAUAAAAAAAUCUUAAAUUUACUUACCAAAACUUUAUUCAACCUUAAGAAAAUAUACUACGUUAGAACUUGCGCGAUGAGAGAAAUUCUCACAGAGAUCUGCACACGAUCGACAAGUGCCCGAUAUCUAUUACCAACAUGCACUAAAUAUUGCAUGCGCUCAAGCGUAACAACGAAGACCCUUAGAAACUCAGCUAGAAGUGGGGGUAGCAGUAUGCGUGAUUUACCGUUAAUAAAAUUUGCAUUUUACUGGUAGGUGUGAGAGAAAUACUCAUAGCGCGAGUGAUGCAGGGUUAAUAGUAUGUGCAGAUGCAAAUGCACGCUGUAGAUAUGGUCUAGAGAAGAUCGCUUACGGAAGACGACCAAAAUAUGGAAAGACAAAAAUGUGAUUGAUUAACUCCUCAAUAUUUUGAGUACUGACCCAUGGAAGUGAAUCUCAGACACUAAGGCAAUCAAAAAAGAGAAAGAUAGACGUCACUGAAAAAAUGUUCUGCUGGAGAAGAAUGAUGCGAAUUCCAUGGAACAACCAUACAAAAAAUAAUUCUAUUCUAAAAUAACUAAAGAUCAGUAAGACUCUCCAGCAAAAUCCAACUGCAACAAUUAACAUAUUUUGGACAUGUCAUGAGCUCAGACAUGGACAGUGUAGAAAUGUGGCCGAAGACAACGAAGAAGAUUUUCAACGCGAUGAAUUGACCAGAUCACAGGAAGUUGUAAAAGACUUAUACAUGUCAACAC